AAUCGGAUGUAUGAUGUUGGUUUUAUUUUUUUUUAAAAAAAACGGAUCUUUAUUGUGGGUUUAAAACCGACAUUGUAGGGGUACCUUUAAUGUCGAUUUCAAACUAACAUUAAAGACCCACUUCACUUUUUCCUCUAACUUUCUAUUUUCCCCCAAUUUUUUUCAUUUCUCUCUUUACUCUCCCUCCAUUUUAUUUUUCCUCUCAUUCUCAUACUUCCCUCUUCAUACCCUAUUCUUUCUCACUCUUCUCUUCUAUACCCAUGUCUCUUACUAAUUUCGCUUCUCACUCUAUCUUCCAAAGUGGAUUUGUUGGUCGUUCUGUCGGAUGUGCUGCUCAUUUCGUCAUCGUUCGCGUGUCUCUCGGAUAUGUUGUUCGUUUCGUCGUCGUUCGCAUGUCUCCAGAUCUGCUGCCGUUGUCGUUCGUCAUUCGUUCUGCCGUGUUCCGUCGUCAAACGAUCGCCAGAUCUGGACAAGUUUCGGAGGUGCAGCUUAACCGUGCGAAAGAGUCAACAAAAAGAGUCAACAAAAUCUACAGUUUUGAUGAAUCUAGAGUCCAGGGAGCCCUACUCCUAAAAGGCCAAGAAACAGCCCCAGGAGCAAUCAUCAUUAGAAAGUUGAGAAAAAUUAAGGAGGAGAAAGAAAAUGAUUAUGGGUGCCGUUUGAAUUUGAGAGUCUACAAAGUAAUUAAGGAUAAAUCCAACCAAACAGUUGCGUUACGUAGCCUGCUUCUACAAGACAGGUGGUGCUGCUUGUUAGGCCAGGAGUCAGCAAAAGAUUCUAUUCUGAAGAGUUUCAAGCAGAUAAGGUUGAAGAUGUUGUACAGGUGUUUGCAGAUAAUUUGCGUCACCCAGAUAAGGGAGUUCGUAUAUCUACUCUCAGAAUAUUGUGCCACUAUGAGCCUUUGCGGUCUGCCACCCUUACAAAGAACCCUUCAAUUGAUAACGAGAUGGAAAUUGAAAAUUUGGAACAAUAUUCUGAUGAUUCAGUAGGCGGUGAGGUAAGUUUGUCCAUGUUCCUUUAUUUUCUCGUUUGACUUUGUGCUUUGGAGCUCUGGAUUCACUCUCUAAUUGUGUCAGGUCCUUCAUCAUCUUCUCACCAUUGAAUCAACCCCUACUUCAAUAUCUACCAGCAGGAUCAACCCCUGCUUAAUUAAUACCGUUUCUAUCUCCCCUCCCCCAGGGAAAAAAAGGGAAAAAAAAUACUUGUUUUUGUGCAAUAAAAAAAAUAUUUUAAGUGCAUUUGUACAUGAACAUAUGUGUUUAUUGCUGUUAAACCAUUUUCUAUUAUUUCAAACCUUAGAAAGAUCAAAAGAUGGCUACACGAUUGACGAAUACAAUGUCCAACUCACUGAAAGGGAGACCUGUUUCAUUUCGUUGUGGCUCUAUGCUUGUAUUGGAGAUGGAGUUUUAAGUUGUUGCAAACAUAUUCCUGGGUGUCCAUUAAACUUCGUAGGAGAUAUUCACUAUAUCCACCAUUGCCUUUGGUGCAAUGUUUCUAAUUGUACUUGAUGUUGCCCAAAUUUAAUUGGAAGAGGUAUGUUGUUCUAGAUUUAUAAUCAAAGCAUCUUGGAGUAACUGGCAUAAGUCAUAGUUAAGGUUUGUCUUUAUUUAGUUGAUUGAUCAUUGAACUUAAAAUGCUUUCUUUAUGGGAAGUUUGCUGCUGUAGUUGGGAGAAAUCUAGCAAUUUGGAUGUGGGUAGUUGUUAGCCUAAGCAUACUAGAAAAUAAUAAGUGUUAUCUCCUAGACUGUGGUGCUAAAAUAUUUGUUUGGGUUGGAAGAGUGACGCAAAUAGAGGAGCAAAAAGCAACAAUUCAAGUAGCUGAGGUAACCUUCUGUGCCAAAAUUUAAAGUAAUUAAAAUUUCUUUGGUCAUGCUGAAGUUGGGGGGUCUGUUAUCCUUGUUUUUAAUGAAAGUGCACAUGAGCUCCUAUAUUUAAAAAAUUAUGUUGUGCUAUAUUGCUUCUUUGCUUUUGAUCCUUUUCUUUGGUCAUGCUGGUAUCUACUUUCCUGUGAUCCUAUCAAAGUUAAUUAAAUUAUUAUCAUGUGAUGAAAUGAAAAUUAUGUUGCUUGUAAAUUUACAAGAAGCAGGUGGAUGGGGAUGGUCAACCAUUGUUGCAGCAGCAACAACAACAGCAACAGAUGGUUCCAUUACAAGAUAUUAACAUGCAGAGCUGAGCUGAAGCUCUUCAAAAUGUUGAAUCCACCAUUCAUGAAUUGAGCAAUAUCUUCAACCAGCUGGCAACUUUGGUUUCUGAAUAAUGAGAGAUUGCUAUCAGGAACAAUGGCUUGCACACAAAAGGGCUAUUGCUGAUCGAGAGCGCCAUGUUGCACCAAAAAAGGAGGUUUGUGUUUCUAUUGUUUUGUUCUAAAUAGAAGCUUUCAUGAACAUUGAGGCAUAUUAUUAUUCUUUUGCUUUUUAUUUGAAGAGCUUAUGGCUGUUAACUAUUACCUGUUAAUGAAAAACAAGUUUUUAAAUAUGCCAUGUGUAAUACAAAUUGAACCGGAACUUUCUAAAAGAUGAGGAUGAUAUUCCAGCUGUUGUGUCAUUAUUGAGACGAACUUUUGAUAGGACGAAGAGAUUGCCAAGCAUGAAUUAAUAUUAUGAAUUUCUUAUAUAUGAAUGACUGGAAUCUGUAUAUACAACUUACCUUCUCUGUCAUUGAACAUUCAUUAAGUCCUUUCAAGUCCUGUUGUUCAAAGAUUUGGUAUUGUGUGCCUUUUCAAAUAUAAGUUAUUUAUUUGCAUUAUGUGCGUAAGUUCAUGCUGCAUUGCUUUUAAGAAAAUAUUGGUCAUGGGGAUGGCUUGCUAUACUUUAAAUUAAAGUUUCUUGUAGGACCACAGUUUUGUUUAGUCACUUACAAAUUCAUUUCCUUGUCCUCCAAUCCCUGGUUAACAUGGUUGCCUUGGACUCGUGUUAAGUUCUUAGAUCCAAGAUUUCUCUUUUAUAUUUAUGCACUGAUAUAAAAAGUUGAAAUCCCAGAUAUCCAAGGAAGCAAAGGAAGGGAAGGAAGUCAAAGAAAUGGAAUCAACAAAAGAUACUAAAUGCAUUGAUAAGCUUGAAAAAGAGGCAGGCCGACAUAGAUAAAAAGGAAAAGAGUGACAAAGGGGACAAAGGGAAUACAUCCGAGGGAAGGGGUAAUGUAAGUAGCACAAAACUUGAAAGCAAUGAUGCAGAAGAAAGAGGCAGAAAGCUCAAAAUGUUGAGAAACCAGAUCAAGGAGAAGUAGCUGGUGGUACACAGAAAAGUGGCACUGUGAAAUCUAGAAAAAAAAAGAUUGUCAAGAGAAUUGUCAAACAAAAGGCCAAAAUAGUUGGUGAUACAGCCAGCAAGAAAAAUGAAAAACUGGAUGAAAAGGUUGAUGGAGAGCAGAACUCUGACAUUCCAUCGGAUCAACCUUCAAAUGAUGUUGCGGCUGUCAAGACACCUGGAAAGAAAAAAGUAAUUAAACGGGUGGGAAAAUGUCCUCACAAUGAAAAAAAUAAAGAUGUACUUCCGAAAGUAGAAAACGAAAUGGACUGCUCUGAGGAUAAGUCUAAGGAUAAUUCAGAUCCUAAUGCAACAGUAGGUCAAGAUACUGUUGUGAGAACAACGGUAAAAAAGAAAGUAAUUAAGAGGGUCCUAAAAAGAAAGUUACUGUCGAGGAAGCUUCUAAAAAAGGUGAAGAUGGUGAUGGGAGCGAGAAGAAGGUUACAACAGAUGAAACACAGAAUGUAGAGAAGUCCACUACAGAUCAUAAACAAGAAAAGAUCCUAAAUCAAAGUCGACAUCACCUACUAUGUUAAAACGGUGUGAUUCUGUAAAUUUGAAGAAAGGUGAGAAAGAGCCUGUGAAGAAUGACAAGGAAACUGGCAAGGAAAUUGGUCCUGUGACCAAUUUGACUGACAAACAAAAAGUUGGUAAGAAAGAUAGUAGUGAGGGAAAGAGAGAAAAGUCUAAAGAUGGUGAACAAUCAAAAGAUGAGAAAGAGAAAAUGGGUAAAGAUGAGUCUAGAAGCAAACCGAACAAACCUGAUCACAAACAAACCUCCUUUAUUGUUUGUGAUCCUUUGAACAACAGUGGUCAGAUAAAGACGCCUAUAACCAGACACUAUUGAAGCUGGGGGGUCUGAUCAAGAAGAAUUAUGAAGGGAUCCAUACUUACUAAGUGGAGAGGGACAGUAAACUCAUAAUGUUUGUAAAAUCAUAAUCUUUGUAUUACUUGUAAUUUGUAUUUUCAAGGCAUGAAUUAUUGUACGCCUUUUAAAUUAUAAUUCUAUAGCAGAAUUUGCGGAUUAAAUGUAAUAGAUUU